AUGUCCUUAACUCCAGAAGUCGCUGAUAUUGACCAAGUUGUUAGACCUAUAAACUCUUCAAAUACUCUCCAAAGCACAGAAGCUGAGCCAAGUGUAAUGUCAGAGACAAUUCCUGAUAUUCAAAUAAUUGUGGAUGAUGACGAGUCAUUUGAAAAUGCGCAAACGGGAGAAGAAGAACAAGAAGAUAGUUUUGUGCCAAUCUUUACAUUAGAAACUCCCGAAGCAUCUGAAGAAGAGGUAGAUUUCAACGAUUACUCCAAUUCAAAGAUAAGAUCGAAGACUCUCAACCAUUUGACAACUUAUAGAGGAAUACAAUCCAUUGCUGCCGCUGUUCCAUUUCUUGAAAAAUGGAUCCAUAAUUCACAGGAAAGUAUGCCAAAGACUCUUAAGACAGUGGUGAAGGUGUUUGAUGUAAACAUUGAUAUUGUUUUGGGCUCCUUGGAUCACUGUAUUCCCUGUAGAUGUAGGGUCCGUCCUAUAUGUCAAUUGACUAAAAAACAGCGGGAAUUGAAGAAACAAUGCUUGAAAAGCAGUAAAACUUUCUUGAUUAUUUUCGGUAUUUUAGGUGCCUUGCUUGCAAUAAUUGGGGCUGCUAUUGCCGCCUUUUUCAAAUUUUCUGAUGAAUCACAUUGA